CUCCUCCUCCCAUCUUAAUCUUCAUCUUCCAGGCAUGAGGUCUCUGGUAUUUGUUCUGCUCUUGGGAGCUGCCUUUGCCACCGAAGAUGAUAAGAUUGUGGGAGGAAAGGAGUGUGUUCCACACUCCCAGCCCCAUCAGGUGUCUCUGAACUCUGGAUACCACUUCUGCGGAGGCUCCCUGGUCAACCAGGAGUGGGUUGUCUCUGCUGCUCACUGCUUCAAGUCCAAAAUGGACAUCGUCCUCGGGGACCACAACCGUUGGUUCAUGGACGGCAACGAGCAGAUCAUCUCCGCGUCCCUCGUGAUCCCUCACCCAAACUACGAGUCCUGGCUGGUCAACAACGACAUCAUGCUGAUCAAGCUCAGCCAACCCGCUACCCUCAACCAGUACGUCAAGGCUGUGGCCCUGCCCACCAGCUGUGCCCCGGCUGGGACCAUGUGCACCGUGUCAGGGUGGGGGGUCACCAUGGACUCUGCGGCCGACAGCAACCGUCUGCAGUGUGUGAAUGUCCCCAUCCUCUCCAGGGAGGUCUGUGACAACUCCUACCCCAGCAUGCUCACCGACGCCAUGUUCUGUGCUGGAUACGUGGAGGGGGGCAAGGACUCUUGCCAGGGGGACUCUGGCGGCCCAGUGGUGUGUGAUGGUGAACUGCAGGGGGUGGUGUCCUGGGGCUUCGGCUGUGCUGAGAAGAACCACCCUGGAGUCUAUGCCAAGACGUGCAUCUUUACCGACUGGCUGCAGUCCACCAUGGCCACCUACUAGGACUUACACCUGCUUUACAAAACCAACCGUUUGAAGACAAUGUAUCCGUUAAUAAUAAAUGUUCAUAUAAAAAGGUUAACAUAUGGUGUUUUUUCUUUGGACUUAUGCAACAAUAUUCUUAUGCGUAAAGUCGACACCGGUAAGUCAGAACAAUGAUAAACUGAUAACA